CCAUCCCCCUCAGUCCGGCGCAAGCUCUCCCUACGGAGAAGGGGAGAUCCCCUCCAACCGCGGGGUCAGCCCAACCCGGCGCGGCGGGCUCCGGCGCAGGCAAAGCGGAGGACGGACUGCGGCCAGGGCCCCGAGGUGGCGCCGUGCGUGGCGAGGCGGAUGGAGCUGGUAGCGGGCUGCUACGAGCAGGUUCUCUUCGGGUUCGCCGCCCGGCCCGCUGAGUCCUGGACGGUUGUCCCUGAUUUUACACAUCAUGCCCACUCUGCCUCGUUGUCAGCGGUAGCGGUGAAUAACAGAUACGUGGUCACUGGGAGCAGGGAUGAGACAAUCCAAAUCUAUGACAUGAAAAAGAAGAUAGAACAUGGGGCACUGCUGCAACACAAUGGCACAAUAACUUGUCUGGAGUUCUAUGGUACUGCACAUCUACUGAGUGGGGCUGAAGAUGGAUUAAUUUGUAUCUGGAACACAAAGAGAUGGGAAUGCCUGAAAUCCAUUAAGGCACAUAAGGGGCACGUGACAUCUCUUUCUAUUCAUCCUUCUGGGAAAUUAGCUUUGUCAGUAGGAACAGAUAAAACAUUGAGAACUUGGAAUCUUGUAGAAGGACGAUCAGCCUUUAUCAAAAACCUGAAGCAAAAUGCCCACAUAAUUAAAUGGUCCCCUGAUGGAGAGAGGUACGUGACCGUGAUAACAAAUAAAGUGGAUAUCUACAAACUUGACACAGCUUCAAUCAUCGGCACUAUCACAACAGAGAAGAGGAUUUCUUCACUUAGAUUUAUUACAAAUUCUAUCCUUGCCAUAGCUGGAGAUGAUGAAAUUAUAAGGCUCUACAGCUGUGUCUCUCAAAAAUGCCUGUGUGAAUUUAAAGCUCAUGAAAACAGAAUAAAAGAUAUCUAUAGUUUUGAAAGAGACGGACAACAUGUUAUUGUUACUGCAUCCAGUGAUGGUUUCAUUAAAAUGUGGAAUCUGGAUCUUAAUAAGAUUAAAGAUGAGCCAUCUUUACUGUGUGAAGUCAGUACCAAAGCUAGGCUGACAUGUCUUGCAGUAUGGCUUGACCAAGCUUCAGAAAUGAAAGAAAAUUCUGAGAAAGCUGCAACAUCAUCUCAAGCAAAUGAAGAUGAAAUAUCGUCAGUACUCAGGAAAAAGAAAGUUUGUUGGACUGAUAAAAGUGAUAAAACGGCAAAAAGAAAGAGAAAAAUUACUCCAGAGAAGAAAAAAUUGGAAGCUCCACUGCAAAAGAAGAAAAAGAAACGGAAUAGAUCAGCAUAAAGGCAGCUAUUUUCUCUUCUGAAUAAAAACAAGAGAAGGGUAGAGAAAAUCAGAAAAAAAGAUUAAGCCAAAUCUGGAGACAGGAAUGCAGGCUGUCUUUGGGAUGUAAAAUAGCAUAUAACUCCUGAUCAUCUCUGUGGAUGUUCUGACACCAAAACAAAGUGACCAUCAUCAGUUGCUGUUAUGAGAUCAUUCAUGUAGCACUGGCAUAUUCUUUUGGAGGUGGGUGUCUGUAUUUAUUUCCUGUAACUGUGUCCCUUAUUUAGAUGAAUGAUCACAACUCCUUCUCUGAAUAUAGUUGAUUUAGUUGAAUAUAUAGUUGAUUUAUAUGAGCUGAGUUUAAUUUGACGUUAAAGGGAUUUCAAUUGUACUUUAGUUUGAAUUUGUGCAGCUUUUAACUUUAAUAAUAACCUGAAUGUGUAUGUACACAAACACAGGCAAAUAGUACAGGAUUUCAAAUAGUUUGUAGAUGUGGCAGGAAAGGUUCAAAAUCAGAUUUUUUAUUGAUAAAUUGCUUCUGUGGCAAGUAUAGGACUUGCAAAGUAGAAGCUUAAAUAAGAGAAUUCUGUAAAGUGUUUUCACUUGUAAAGUAUUAUGUCUGUUUUAUAGUGCUUAUCUUAUGUCCUUGACAAAAUGGCUGCCACUACCAUGACAGUUUUUACUGUUUCAAUUUUUAAAUACACGAGCUCAUGGCCAAGGACAUCGCAAUUAAAGAAGCAAGCUCUCAUGAGCUCGCAUUUUCUAUACCAUGAGUAAAUGCU